AUGGCGGCGGCGGGCGCGCUACGUCGUGCCUCGGCCGUGGUGAUAUUGCUGUCGCCGCUGAGGGCGGCCCUGGGGCUCCCGGUUUGCAGGCUGAAAUCUUCAGUCAGCUUUCUUACUCGACCAGAUCGACCAAACCUUGCUUAUCAUAAACUAAAAGGCAGGAAUCCAGGGGUUGUUUUCCUUCCAGGCUUUAAUUCAAAUAUGAAUGGUCAGAAAGCAACUGCCCUUGAAGAUUUCUGCAAGUCUCUAGGUCAUGCCUUCAUCAGAUUUGAUUAUACAGGAUGUGGAAGUUCAGAUGGUAAAUUUGAGGAGUGUACAAUUGGGAAGUGGAGAAAAGAUGUUCUGUCUGUACUGGAUGAACUUACAGAUGGACCACAGAUUCUGGUGGGCUCCAGCUUGGGUGGAUGGCUGAUGCUCCAUGCUGCAAUAGCACGCCCAGAUAAAGUAGCUGCUCUAGUUGGAGUAGCUGUAGCAGCAGACCAUCUGGUAACAACUUUCAAGAAGCUUCCCAUUGAGGCACAGAAAGAAAUAGAAGAAAAAGGUGAAUGGAAGUUUCCAACAAAGCAUAAUGAGGAAGGAUAUUACUCCUUGACAUAUGACUUUAUCAGAGAAGCAGAAAAUCACUGUGUGCUAAAUAGUCCUAUUCCUAUAACAUGUCCCAUACGACUUAUUCAUGGCAUGAAGGAUGGUGAUGUCCCUUGGCAGAUCUCUAUGCAAGUUGCUGAUCGUGUUUUGAGCAAAGAUGUCGAUGUUAUCCUCCGCAAAAUUGGCCAACAUCGGAUGAGUGAGAAGGAGGAUACAAAACUCCUUGUGAAUACUGUUGAUGAUUUAAUUGACAAGCUGGCAACACUAAUAUAAGCCACAGAGUAGCAUAAGUGCAUGAACUCUAUACCUGACUCUUUUCCAUGAGUAGCAGAAACCCUGUUCUUAACAAGAUGAUACGAAGCCUGUGACUAUCACAGUAGGAACUGAGCUUUAUCUGCUGUUUCCUUACCUCUGUUUCGUAAAUACAGGUAUUUUAUUAAUGCUGCAUUUGCACAGACAGUCCAAAAUGUGAAGGAGUGCUGCUGUUGUGUUCAGAACCUCUCCUUCACCACUUAAACCUUCUUUUGCAAACUUCCUACACUUUUGUACUGAAAUAUUGAUUCAUUUUUGUUACUGUUGGCCUGUACAGUAAAACUUUUAAUUUCCCAUGUCUUUGACACCUUUUCAGUAUUGUCCUUUUCCUGUAACAUUCUUGUAUCUUUUGUCUGAAACCAUCUGUGCAAGGCAAAAUAAAACUUCUUUACUGAAGUUAUUGUUAUUAGAAAUAGUGAAUAACAUGAAGCAUAAUAAACAGAUUUCAGAUAAAUUAUUAUAUUGUUCUUAAGUACUGUUAAAAUUGAAAAGCGGAAGGCACACCCUGAUGGUGUGCUUGGGGUACUACAUAAGGAAGAAGUUAACUUCUAAGAACGCAGGGCCUCAAAGUGCAGAUAGACCUCUUAUCUGUGCUUAUCAUUAGGGUUUAUGUCCUCUUCUCCAGGCUGUCUUUUUGUAAUAGUUAAUUUGUGGGUCUACUGUUAAGGGAACAAUAUAUAAUCUUGGUGUAAACGGAAACUGGAUCAAUACAGUGACUCUUUUAUAGUAACUUCCUUCAAGUGGGGAGUACAGUACCAUAGAGCAUCACUGCCUCUUUUCUAUGACUUGAGAACUGUGGAUUACCAGGAACAGUGCCUUCCAGAGUUUGGAAUUUGAGGUGCAUGAGUGCAAGCCUGAAAACUGUAAAUGAAACUUGAUAAUUCUUGUAAUGUAAAUCCAUAGAAUUUAAUAGUAAAUGGAUUUAAUUGCAAAUGUCUGAAAAUAUGGUGCCAUCAUAUAUUUGAGAGAGAAAAGAGGAACUUAGGUGAGAGGCUGGAAUUAGUUCAGGCUGGCCUUAAUAUGAAACAUCAGUCAGAAGUAUAUGGUGGUUUCUGGCUUUAUUAUUUUAAGUAGUAAAUGGCAUCACUACUGCUACCUUAAAAGACUAAAGCUCCUGGGGGUAAGGUAUUUCUAGAGAGUUUGUAAUUUUCAGAGUUAGCAUUGUCAGUAGAAGUGUGUUGUAUGGAGCUUUGCUGAGGUAGUGGUUUUUAAUUAAAAAAACUCCCACAAACUAAAAUAAACUAGAACCAACAACAAAACA